AGUGUCACACACACAAAUCGCCCUCGCUCACACCAAUCACCAAUACAAUCCACAAGAACAAUAUUAACAUACAACCUCCUCUCUCUCUCUCUCUCCCUCUCUCUCUCUCUCUACUUGUGAUUUCUUCAAAUUCAUCAAGUAAUGGCUCUCAGAGUCCACGCCGUCGCAGCUUCAGCUCCCUCCGCCGCCCCCAAGUCGACAUUCCUAUGUCUCAAGAGACCUUCAUUUCUGAUGCUCCGACGGCCGAGCAAGCUUCUGACGCGUCGGUGCGCUCUCUUGGACGAGCAACAAGGGCAGGUCUCGUUCACGGAGGAAGAGAAUUCGCUCAUCGAAGCACUCGUCGGCAUCCAAGGCCGAGGCCGCUCCGCUCCCCCUCAGCAACUCACUGAUGUUGAACAAGCAGUUCAGGCUCUAGAAGGUUUACAAGGUGUGCCUGAUCCGACGAGCUCUAGUUUAAUUGAAGGACGCUGGCAAUUGAUGUUCACCACUAGACCCGGAUCAGCGUCUCCAAUACAAAGAACGUUUGUGGGGGUAGACAACUUCAGCGUAUUUCAAGAGGUAUACCUUAGAACAAAUGACCCCCGUGUAACCAAUAUUGUAAAGUUCUCUGAAGCAAUCGGUGAGCUCAAAGUUGAGGCUGCAGCAUUGAUCAAAGAUGGAAAACGGAUACUUUUUCAGUUUGACAGAGCAGCCUUUUCUUUUAAGUUUUUGCCGUUUAAGGUUCCGUAUCCUGUCCCAUUCAGACUUCUAGGAGAUGAGGCAAAGGGUUGGUUGGAUACCACAUAUUUGUCCCAGUCUGGAAACCUCCGAAUCUCAAGAGGAAACAAGGGAACCACAUUUGUUCUACAAAAGAAAACAGAACCCAGGCAAAAACUGCUCUCAGCAAUAUCAACAGAUACAGGAGUUCUAGAGGCAAUCGAAGAGUUUCUCUCCUCGUAUCAGAAAAAAGGGAAAGGAGAAGCAGAACUUGAGGAGGGGGAAUGGCAAAUGUUAUGGAGUUCACAGACAGAGACCGAUAGUUGGUUGGAGAAUGCUGCCAAUGGUCUUAUGGGCAAGCAGAUUGUGAAGAAUGGUCAGAUCAAGUAUGUGGUUGACAUCUUGCUUGGGCUCAAGUUUUCCAUGGUUGGCACAUUUGUGAAAUCAAGCGCAAACACAUACGACGUCACUAUGGAUGAUGCUGCCAUAAUUGGCGGAGGAUUUGGCUAUCCUUUGGAGCUUGAAAGCAAGUUCAAUCUCGAACUGCUAUAUAGCGAUGACAAGAUCAGAAUUACCAGAGGGUACAAUAAAAUCGUUUUUGUUCAUUUAAGGACCGAUGGAUCGAAGAAGAAAUGAGGUAAAAUGAUAAAGAAACAUAUUGAGCUGAAGAUUUAGUAUCAUUGAAACCUACAUUAUACUUAAAUAAGUGUACAUGGAGAGAAAUUCGUGUAGUAAUAGGCUUGUAUCAACUUGUAAUAUUCAAACGUUUUUUUUUUUUUUUUUCCAGUACACCUUAUUCGAAAAGAUCUAGACUAGUCUUGGGGAAGUGAUCAUCACAAACACAAAACCCUCACCAAUUAGUUGUUAUAUCAUUGCCACUUAAUGCUAGGUCAAGUGGUAACGAUGGUUUCAUUUUUAAGUAAAAUAGAGUCAUAAACCC